AUGCAGACACCGACUACACCCAAUCUACCACAACAAUCUCUCUUCAAACGUGCCGGGCUCAACAGACCCGGUGCAUUCGGGCGCUGGUAUCUCCCGGUAAUGGUGACCAUGGCUGUUGGUUUCGGAAUCUCCAACGUCUAUACCUCCAACCGACCGAACUAUUACGACCAAGUCCAGGAGGAGGAGAGACUGCACAAAAACCAGCAGAUCAUGGAUUCAUACGGGAUGAAGGACAGUGUUGAUGAUUUGGAAAGGGCACUGGAGGCUUACGAUAUCCAGUAG